AUACUCUCCAUAGUUGAAAAAAUCGAGACACAUUUUUUUUUUUGAAGAAAAAUCGAGACACAUUGAGGCUCCAAUUUGCGACUUAUUUCUGGCAAUCUACACUCUACACUCUACAGAGAGGCGGCGGAAGGAAGAGAAAGAGGGGGAAAUCGGAAAAUAAUAAUGCUGGAAAACCCAGCCGACAACACUAUUUCUGCUCCAAUCAAGAGAUAUGCACCUCCCAAUCAGAGGAAUCGUAGUCUCAACCGGCGCAAAUCUGGAGAUCGAUCUGAAAAAACAAGUAAUCUCCACUCAACUGAUGGGGAUAAGAACUUGGGCAUUGGUUUGCAGAGUGCUUCGAGUAUAGAUCAUUCUGAUAGUGGGAGCAGCAAAUGUGUAUAUGAGAGUUAUCGUCCAAAGUUGAUAGCCCUAAAUGGUUGUUGUAGAAGUGAAGCUUCUCAGCUUUUGCAUGAACGUUGGAUGGGAGCUAUACAUUGCUAUAGUGAUCCUACUGUAGAUUUAUCUGAACGACCAGUCAUGUACACAGGAAGUGCUGCAUCAGCUUGGGGAAACUUUAGACUUCCCCAUCAGUUAAUGGCUCCUCCGCAAAUGGAUUUCAUGGCGGAACUUCAACAUGCUAUCAAUAAUAAUAGUUCAAGCUUGAUGAACUAAAUGGCUCUUGAGAUGCUAGUCAUGAUAUAACAUAAUAUCUGGUGAUUUUAAAUCUUUAACCUGACUUACGUAUUGUUGACAAUUGUUAUAUUCCGAAGGGGUUAGGGGAUUUCAAAAUUCCCCUGAUGGGAAUAAUUCUAGUAAAAUAUGUCUAUGGCCUCAUAAUCUUCAAUUUAAGUAUGUUCUUGAAUCAUUGAACAGUUCAAACUUUCAUUGAUAGUCGAGAAGGCAACAGUGAAAAAUCAAAUGCUAGUGUUAGAAGGCAACACCUUCUAAGUUUGAUC